GUAUAUAGUGGAGUUGUUGUUCUUCUUACGUACUGCAUUUCUGAUAAGAUACUUCAACUUCAACAUACAUAUCUUGAUCAUACACGGUCGUUUAUUGAGCAGAAACAUAUGUCGAAGCUUAUGCAAAAUCCAGUGUUCCAUGAACUGAAGAAGCAAGCUUCUUUCUACAUCAAGGAGAAGAUCAAGACUGCUCGUCUCGCCGUUACCGAUGUUACUCCAGAAGAAUUAUUGACAGAAGAAGUUACGGGCAGUGCGCACUCGUCCAUAGACCCACGCUCAAUGGCCGUCAUAACAAGAGCUUCUUUCGAGGUUGAUCAAUUCCAAAGAAUCGUUAAGGUUCUACGUCAAAGAAUGGUAAUGUUUGAUACAAGGGAGUGGCGUGGCGUAUGCAACACGUUGACAAUGUUGAACCACUUGCUGCUUAAUGGACCUCUAAGCGUAUUCAAUGAAUUUCAACAUGAGAGACAACUUAUUGAGGACGCCAUAAUGACUGAUCAGUGGAUUGAUGAGAGAGGGUACUUCGACUGUGGCCUAAAAGUUCGAAACAUAGCCGACAAGGUGCUAAGAUUGCUUGAAGAUGACAUGUUUCUUAAGGACGAGAGAGAAAGAAACCGUAAGCAAAGCUUUGGUCGGAUCAAAGGGUUCGGAAACUCGAGUUUCGUCGUACAUUCCGAAACGAACAAUGAAAGAGACAACUCCUUCUCGAGCGACCACCAAACUUGUGAAAACGAUGAUCGUGCCGUUGAUGAUCACCCAUUCGUCGAGGACGAGCACAACACUGCUCAGCUCUUGCUUUCUUCUUCGACUUGAGAUGGAUUGCUCCUGUUUAAACAAAUUUGUAUAAUUAAGUUUGAUCUUUAUGAAGAGAAACGUUUUUCAUUGCUAUCUUCAUUAUAUAUCCAUCGUAAUUUCUGUAUUUGACAACAAUAUCAUGAACAUAUAUCAUAAAAUAUGUGGUUAAAUU